CCUGACAGAGCUCAAGGAAUGUUUGGACAGGGCUCUCAGGCACGUGGUGGGAUUCUUGGGGCUGUCCUGUGUAGGACCAGGAGUUGGACUCAAUUAUUUUUAUGGGUCCUUUACAACUAAGGAUUUUCUGAUCCUGUUUAUCUUUUUUCAGCAGCAUUAGUGAUGGCAAUGUCAAUAGUGCAGUUGAUCAGUCUUGCACAGAUACCCCCACUAACUGAUGUGAGCUGUAUGGUAGGACUGCAUAAAGAAAAGUUUUAGAAGUUUUAACCAGAACAGUAUGAAGAUUAAACUACCACUAAUCAAGACUGGAAGAAAUGCAGUAGUUUAUCUGGCGAAGUGAUACUGAUGGAAUGUUUCUUGACCUGGUAUUACAUAAAUCAUGUUGCUGGUUUUUCCAAGCCUGCUGUUAGGAUUUGCUGCAUACUGUUCACCUGGAGAGAAUGGCCUGUUGGGAAUUCCUGACUACUUUGGAAAUACUUCAGAUGUAAUACAGACUGAAAAUGUGAGCCUGAAAUUCCCAUCAGUUUAUAAAGGCACUUUUGGGGAAGCCCAUUUUAGAAAUCGAAGAGGAAUUCUGGAAUUAGCCGGAGCCAUCAGAUGCACCACAGGCCGCUCUCCUUUUGCCUACCUACGCUAUGGAUGCUACUGUGGCCUGGGAGGAAAAGGAUGGCCCAAGGACAGAGUAGACUGGUGCUGCUUUCACCACGACUGCUGCUAUGGUAGGGCAGAACAAGCAGGUUGUCAGCCAAAGACUGAAAGUUACCACUGGGAAUGCAAAGACAAUUCUGCUGUGUGUGACUCACUAGAAGAUAAAUGUCAAAAAAUGGCAUGUGAAUGUGACCGUGAAGCUGCCAAAUGUUUUUCUAAAGCUCCCUACCAUAGAAAAUACCUUUUGUGGCCAGACUUUAUGUGUGGUGAGAUUCAGCCUUUGUGUAGGUAUUAGAUAUGUAACUCUGUAUAUAUUUAAAUCUAAAAUGACUUUUUUUUUGGUCACAGUAAUGACAACAAAUGAUUUUCCCCUUUCUUGGUACUCCUUCAUGCCACCUCAGUCUCUCCACCCCCAGAAUGGCAGAAGUAAACAUUUUUCCUCUUA